AUGUCCGCUUCGGUAGGGCCCCAAGGCGGCCCUCGCCCACCCACGGCGCCGGCGUCCAUGCCAGACAUGCCGGACUUGAGUCACCUCACGGAGGAAGAGCGGAAGAUCAUCAUGGCCGUGAUGGCUCGCCAAAGGGAGGAAGAGGAGAAGGAGCAAGCCAUGUUGAAAACGCUUCAUCAGCAGUUUGAGAGCUAUAAGGAGCAAGUGAGGCGGAUUGGGGCGGAGACCAAACGCCAGCAGACCAUCCACAAGGAUGAUGCCCCCACCUGCGGGAUCUGCCGCAAGACCAAGUUUGCUGACGGCUGUGGUCACCUCUGCUCCUACUGCCAGACCAAAUUCUGCGCCCGCUGUGGUGGGAGGGUGUCUCUACGCUCCAACAAUGAGGAUAAAGUGUGUCUCAUAGGGAAGGACAGGGUGAUGUGGGUAUGCAACCUGUGCAGGAAGCAGCAGGAGAUCCUCACUAAGUCUGGGGAAUGGUUCUCGUCGGGGCCCAGGGGCAGGCCGCUGAGCCUGGGCGCUCCUGUGACCGUCCCUGAGGCCGACGGGGACAGGAAGCUGCGUUCCAGGUCCCAGGCCCCCGCCGGCACUAACCUCGCUGCUGCUGACACCCAGGCACCAGCCGCUGGACCUGCUGACCGGGCCAAGGGAUCGGACACUAUGCCAGCCUCACGAGCCCGGAGUGAACCUCCAAGAGAGAAGAAGAGGCCUGUAUCCCUACAUGAGCAGAAUGGCAAGGUGAUCGGCCGAGGGGAGAGGAGGGUGGGGCCAGGCAGGCUGCCAGGACAGGCUUCAGAGGAUCGUGCUCCAGGGGAAAGGCGGGAAGGCAGGCGCCUAGAGAAAGGCCAUUCACACGAAUACGACCAUCCAGAGGGUGAACCCGCCCACCCUGACCAGCGCCGGAGACAGGAAGAAGAGGAGCGAGAGCGUCAGCGGCGGGAGGAAGAGUACCAGACGCGUUACCGUAGUGACCCCAACUUGGCCCGGUACCCUGUCAAGCCUCAAAAAGAGGAGCAGGAGAUGCGAAUGCAUGCCAAAGUGUCCAAAAUGCGUCAAGAGCGUCACCAUAGUGACCUGGCCAUCAAUGAGGUGGGGCUGGCUCAGGACGGGGGCGAGGCCCCAGGCAGCCGGCUAGGCAGGAGGGUGCCAUCCAAUGAGGAUCGCAAGGCACUAUUAGAAAACCACCGGGCGUACUCUGUGGACAGGACCGUGGGGGGUGGUGGUGGUGGUGGGGGACACGUGCCCCUUCAAAAACAGGGUCACAGUGGUCCACGUAUGGGCCCCGGAGGCCCCCCAGAUCUCAGGGAUGGACCGGACUGGGGCCCCAAGGACCACCUGGAGCCCGGGUCAGCGGCUUUACUGCACAAAACCAAGCGUGAGAAGGCUGCGGAAAGCUUCCGGAAAGAUUCCUCUCUCAGCUCUGACCAGUCGGAAUGUCUCCGGCCCCCUCCACCCAGGGCUUACCGGCCCAAACGUGGCCUCAACAAGAGGCAGAUGUCCAUUAGCAGCUCAGAGGAGGAAGGAGGGUCCACCCCGGAGUACACCAGCUGCGAGGACGUGGAGAUUGAGAGUGUCAGUGAGAAAGGUGACUGGGAUUGCCAUCCUCUAGAUCCAACUGUGUGGCAUCAUCCUGUUACCUGGCAGCCGUCCAAAGAGGGAGAUCAUUUGAUCGGCCGCAUUACUCUGAGCAAGCGCUCGGCCAUGCCCCGAGAAGCUGGCUCGCUGCUAGGGCUAAAGGUGGUUGGCGGGAAGAUGACAGAGACUGGACGACUUGGAGCUUUCAUCACCAAAGUAAAGAAAGGAAGUCUCGCAGACAUUGUAGGCCAUUUACGGGCAGGUGAUGAGGUGCUGCAGUGGAAUGGGAAGGCGUUGCCUGGAGCAACCAAGAAGGAAGUGUACAACAUCAUUUUAGAGUCACAGUCUGCACCUCAAGUAGAAAUAGUUGUUUCAAGACCAAUUGGAGACACACCAAGAAUUCCACAGACAUCACAUCCUCCUCUUGAAUCUACUGGUUCAAGCUCUAUAGAUGAGUCUCAAAAAAUGGAUCAUCCUUCCAUCUCUGUGAUGUCCCCCACAAGUCCUGGAAUGUUGAGAGACCUCCCUCAGGUUCUACCAGGCCAACUUUCAGUGAAACUGUGGUAUGACAAAGUGGGCCAUCAACUUAUUGUCAACGUAUUACAUGCCAGAGACCUGCCUCCUCGACCAGACGGCCGACCACGGAACCCUUACGUCAAAAUGUAUUUCCUGCCUGAUAGGAGUGACAAGAGCAAGAGGAGGACGAAGACAGUGAAGAAGAGCUCGGAGCCCAAAUGGAAUCAGACGUUUCUGUACUCACAUGUUCACCGCAGGGACUUCAGGGAGCGCAUGCUGGAAAUCACAGUGUGGGAUCAACCCAGAGCACAAGAGGAGGAGAGUGAAUUCCUCGGGGAGAUCCUGAUAGAGCUGGAGACGGCUCUGUUGGAUGACCAGCCUCACUGGUAUAAGCUGCAGAGCCAUGACGUGUCCUCCCUCCCUCUCCCCCAGCCCUCUCCCUACCUCCCCCGCAGGCACGUCCAUGGAGACAGCCCUAGCAAGAAGCUACAGACAGCGGAGAGGAAUUCCAGAGACAGAGAGAGGUCCAGCACACUGACCGUUCCGGAGAGGCAGGCGGCUGUCCAGCAUCGCUCCCGCUCCGUCUCCCCACACAGAGAGGACCAGUGUAGAGCCCGCUCCAGACCCACACAUGUGCCCAUGCAGAGAAGUCUGGAUGAAAUUCAUCAGAACCGGCAUCAUUCUCACUCGCCCACUCUCUACCACAACUCUCAGCAGGAGCACAGAUCUAUAGACUCUGACUACGACUAUUCUGAGGACAGUGAGGUCCUGGAGAUGCACAGGUCAAUCCGGGGCGGGAGUGCUGAGUGCCUGCACACAAACAGUGACCUUCAGCCAUCGCUGGACAGAAUCAGAAGUGCCAGUACAACAUGUUUGAGGCCAGAGACCAGCUACCACUCCUCAGACAGAGACAGGCCGGUAGGCAGUUUGGAUAGAGCUGCCUGUCCAAAACCUAACAAGAAAAGCAUUGACAAUGACAGGAUCCAGCCCACCUCCAUCCUGCGAGGCAGCAGGUGGAGGAGAGACGCCCCCAUUCGGCCCUUCGGCCAAACCGGCCUGGGGGGCUCCUGCCCGAGCUCACCACGCCCUCUGGACAGAGCACAUCCUCAUGGUGGACGUUCCUCCCCGACAGGGUCUUCCCUGUCAGUGCGCAGGGGCAGACAGCUGCCACAGCUUCCUGCUAAAAGCAGCAGCAUAGAGCAAGACCAUGUCAGUAAUAAACCUGAAGAGAAAGCUUUGGCGGUAGAGGAGCGAGCUCGUCAGUUGAGUCAGAUGCGAGUGCCCUCCUAUCGGCCAGGAUCCUCCGCCAGCACUGGCCAUGACCAAGAGAUGGAGCUCAAGAACAAGAGAGACAUUUAUAGGAGGAGCUGUGAUAACAUGUCUGCACGGUCAUCAGACAGUGAUGUGAGUGAUGUGUCGGCCAUCUCCAGAGCCAGCAGUGCCUCGCGCCUCAGCAGCGCCAGCUACAUGUCUGUCCAAUCAGAGAGACCACACGGACGCAUCAGUCGGCAGGUGCGGACCUCUGCAGGCCGCAGCAUGCUGAAGAGCACGAGCGUGAGUGGUGAAAUCAACGCGUCCGAGCGUACGGACGGCAGCCAGUCAGACACAGCGCUGGGCACGGUGGGCAGUGGCAGCAAGAAACGUCGCGCCAGCCUCAACGCCCGCUUUGUGGCCAUUGUGGGUAACCGUCGCAGCAGGAGCACCUCCCAGAUCAGUCCGACGGAGGCAUCUAAUAAGAAGUCAAAAGGAGGUGGGACGACGAUCCAGCGGAGUCAGGAGACAGGCAUGGCCGUGGAGCUGCAGCGCAACAUGAGCCGGCAGCCCAGUCGUGAGUCCAACAACGGCAGCAUGACCGGCUACAACUCUGAGGGAAGUCCCAUCUUCCCGGCUGUGAGAGUGGAGACUCAGUUCAGUGACUUCCUGGAUGGGCUGGGUCCUGCCCAGCUGGUUGGCCGACAAACCCUAGCCACGCCCUCUAUUGGGGACAUCCAGAUUGGCAUGGUGAAUAAGAAGGGCCGGCUGGAGGUGGAGGUGAUCCGUGCCCGGGGCCUCGUCCAAAAACCAGGAUCCAAAUCACUCCCUGCUCCUUAUGUUAAGGUGUACCUGCUGGACAAUGGGGCGUAUGUAGCCAAAAAGAAAACGAAGAUUGCACGGAAAACGCUCGAACCACUGUACCAGCAGACCCUUCAGUUUGAAGAGAGUCCGCAGGGUAAAGUGUUACAGGUGAUUGUCUGGGGAGACUAUGGACGAAUGGACCACAAAUCCUUCAUGGGAGUAGCACAAAUCCUAUUGGAGGAGCUGGACCUGGCCAGCAAUGUGAUUGGCUGGUACAAACUGUUUCCGCUCUCCUCUUUAGUAGACCCCACGCUUGCCUCGCUGACUCGGCGUGCUUCCCAGUCAUCUCUGGACAGUUCAUCAGGACCUGCAGGGGUUCGAUCAUAGUGGACGAACGUACAAAGCACAGUCCAUACUACCAGAGAGAGAGAGGGAGGGAGAGGGAGAGAGAGACCGACAGGACAACAAUCAGAGGCAGACAGAAAAUGCGAUGAAAAAAAAAAAACAAAGCUUUGAUGAAAUCUGACAAUCACUCCUGUCGCUUAUGUUGGGUUCGUAUUGUUUCUUUUCCUCUCGUGUGCGUGUAUAAGACGAGACCUGAGACCUGUACGUUCUGCCAGUUUUGUCCACGACAGAGUAGUCGGUUUGUUUGUUUUUUCUUAUCGUUUUCUUGCUCACGGUUUGUCACACAAGAAUUAGGGCUGGUGAACUGCAGUACUACAUGGGAAGCACUAAUUUGACGUGACUCGGAGAACGUACGGUGAUCAAAGCAGGGUGAUUUUCAAUCAAAUCAACGCUAAAGAAAUGUACGUUAGCUAGUUUUUAACAGAGCAUCAGAAUGUAUCGACCCAAAAAAAAAAAAAAA